UCCGUGCGCGCGAAGGUUCGUCGCAGCCCGUCCGUUGAAGUCUAUUGCCAAGUCGCUUGCUUGGUGGUGUUUUUCGUUUUUCUGGUUGACACUUUUAUUGGAUUGUUUUUUUUUCUUGUUUCUUCGGGAUUGUCGAUGAAUUUUGGAGUUUGUGCGCGUAUGCUUUUCGAUUGUCGAUUUUUAUCAGUUUGUGAUUACACCGUCGUGAUGGAAACUUGAAUUUCGUGAAUCCCUUUCGAGGUUUGUUUGGGGCCUUUCGGAGGGUCUAAAUUGUGUGAUUUUUUUUUCAACUAUACGAUCAGGUCUCUUUUGGAAGUGAAGGAAAAAACCAAAUCGUGUGCGAUUCAAAAAGUGUUUGUGUACUCGUGCCUGGUGCACCUGUUGGUCUGUGUACUGAGGCUGUUGUUGAUUUUGUUAUUUGCUCAAGUGCAUUCGGGGUUUUUCAACGAAAUUAGUGCAGAGUUGGAGGCCCUUUAGCGCGUGCCCAGGGGGAGCCAAUCGAUAUGUUUUCGAUACGAUGUACGCAGUAGUCAAAAGCUGUGGCGUUGUGUUGAUUCUGUUGCGCGAAAAAUUGUAUAAUCCACCGUGUGCCCCGUGAAUGAAUGAGUAAUCAGCCGGAAAGGAGGCCCUCGAUAUUUGCUAACUCAUCCAACACUCAAAACUGGUUUAAGCUUUUAUUUUCGGCGAUAGUUUAUUGACUUGCAAAUUGACUAAUCAGUUAUUGAUCAUUUUUCCCCCGUCUCUCACCAAAUUUGCCUUAUCAAUGCGCCAUCUAAUCGUUUAAAAAAUUCGGAAAAGCAUAUCGUUAGCGAUCAAGUUUUUCUUUCUACCAAUCCAUUCCACACAUUUGCUCGAAACAUUCAAGGGGCCACCUCCUUUGCCCGGCUAGAAAAAUGAACCUCGAAAUCAUCGGACUGCUGCUAGUGGAUAGAGACGAUAAUUUGCGCUGAUGCGACGCCCAAAGAAGAAGUGAGUGAGAAAGUGAAUCACCACCCCAUCGCAUAACAUCUGACGGGAGCGACGAAUUUUCUGAACCUCAUCAAGGACUGCCAGCCGCUAGCGGAUUUCCUGCUCCAGCGAGGAGUCGCGAGAAUUAAAAGAUGAAACGCAGAGCAAGAAUGAAGGUUCUCAAAAUCCUGCAAUCAUUCUCGCAGGGAACGUUCGUGGCACUUGUAUUGCUGCCGCUGUUCUUCUGCUAUGGAUACAGCCGAGAGCCUGGGUACCUGGACUUCGAUAACCUACCGGAAACGAACUUCACCUGUGCCGGAAAAGUCAUCGGGGGCUACUACGCGGACAUGGAAGCAUCCUGUCAAAUGUUCCACGUGUGCACCAUCGGCCAGGGAGACGAACCGAUGGACAUCAAAUUUUUGUGCCUCAAUGGGACCGUUUUCGAUCAGGAAACACGAGUCUGCGAGCGGGUGGACGAAGUCGAUUGUUCCAAGUCCGAACGCUUCUACUAUCUGAAUCUGGAGCUGUACGGAAACACCGUUAUCCCAGCACCGGAGGAAAACAGUUCCGAGGAAGGAGGUGCACGCAGUCCUGCUACGUCAUCGACGACAUCAACGACUACCACCACGACUACCAGGAAACCUCCAACGACUACACCUUCGCGUAGAUUCAUAUUUAACAAUAACAAGGGAAGUCCAAUUGUGUCCUCAACGACGUUAACAACGCCGACCCAUUCUUAUUCAACCACCACUUCCAAGGGCACGGAAGAGGAAGAAGAAUACGAGUACGAAGAUGAGGCGGAAUAUGGCGAAAAGGAAGACGCUUCUGGCGCUUCUGGCCCAGCAGCUCCGACGAUUGAUGAAGACGGUAACUUUUCACCGCAGCAAUUCACUCUGCAACAGCAGAACCAACGCGGACAAAGCAAACCCGAAGAGACGGGACAGAAAGGUUCCAAACCUGCCGUUUCCUUCCAGCAGCAACAUUUCCAAAAUGGUGGCACUCUGGCUGUGACCAACUCGCAUGUGACCGUCACUACUCAUACCACUAGCACUAAUGUUAAUAAUAGUAGCAAUAGUAACAAUACUAGCAACCUGAAGAAAAAUGCUCAACAACCUCUAACGCAGAAAGAGAAACAUGCUGUUGAACAGCAAAGACUACAACAGGAACAAGCACUGAUACAGCAACAGAUGAUUGCGAAACAGCACGAAGAGUUGCAGAAAAAGCAACAAGCAGCCGCUGUUCAGCAACAGCAAAAAGCCAUUCAACAGCAACAGAAACAAGUCCUGCAACAUGAAACUGAGAUCAAGAAUCAUCAAGCGCUUCUGCUACUGCAUCAACAGAAGAUAACUCGUCAGCAGCAGAAGCAGCAACCUACGACUGCCAAACCAGCUGUGGAACCGCCUUACAAUCCUUAUGUCACUAUCAACCCUCAGAUCCAACAACAGCAACAGCAACAACAACAACAACAACAACCAAAGAGAAUUCCUCUGCUGCAACAAGCUCUCCCUAGCGUUUCUCAGCUGGCUCCAUUCCGUCUCAGGGCUCAAGGAUUCAAGUUACCAUCACAGCAGCAGCAAGAAGAGCAAAACGAACGAUUCGAAGGCUACAGAAGACAGUCACCCCCACAGCUUCGCAACCAGAAAGACAUCUCGCUUCAGUUUGACCCGGAGGUAGAAGACCUUACGCAAAUACCGCAGCACAAAGAGCUCAAACGAUCAGAUCCGCCAUUUCACAGCUCAAUCCAUGGUAACGCGACCCCGCCCCCAACACCAUCAACUGCCAGAAUUACGUCGAACGUCCAGAAAUCAUCAGCCACCCAAUCUACGGCAGCUACGGCUGCUACCCCAAGUCUUCAGGACGAAACGGUAGAGUACGAAUACGAAGACUACAGCGGUGAAGUGGGAGAAGCCGAAGUUGCCAGCAACCCUAGUUUAGUAGAUAGUGUUAGGUCUAAUACCAAUAGUGAAAUUGUAGUUACGAAUAAGCGCUCCGGCGAGGAUCAGCUGGGCAACACUCAAACUAUCGGCCCCAGUGCUGCCAGCCAGCCGGGCAGCAGUAGCAGUAGUAGUUUAAGUUCCAAAAGCAAACCCAACACAAGUAGAUUCAUUAUCAACAACGAGAAUCACAAAAGCACUUCGACGGGUUCGUUCAGUCGAGGCCGCGAUGGUCGGCUUCUGUACGAUAGCAGAACCGUAGUGACGCCACGGGUUAGCUACCAUCCCCAGCAGCAGCACCAGUCGAAGGUUAUCGUCACGACCAGUACCUCGAUCCGGGACAAUCAGGGUCGGACGAUCAACUAUUCGAUUAGCGAGGGCGGCAGCAAACCUACGACACCGACUUCGGUCGUGCUAGUCACUGCUAAGUCAGCAAAGGCUGGCCGCACCUACGACGAGUACAAGGAGGACGACGUUUUGACCGAUCCGUUCUUCCUGGACGUGCCCAAGGUAGGUGGCGCAGGUCGACGGAAACGACGGGCUGUCGCGAUACAGAGGAAACGAAAGAAGCGGUUUAUGCCACAGUUUAAGUGAACUCCGGUCGUGUGAACGCCUCGGUUUGAGUAGAACGCAAAACAAUCAUCUCGCCCCUCCCAAACAAAAAACCGGAAGAUUGCGGAUUAGGGCUGGAGAGGUGUUUGGGAAUAGAACUGGUUGAUGCGUCUUCAACAAAGUUGUUUAAACCGUUUUUCAACCUUUACUUCUAAGGCUAUUUGAAGCAAAUAUUAAGAUUUACGGGCGCAAACUUUAAUGAGAGUUGGCGUUGGUUAGCUUUUUAACCCUUAACUGCAUGAGCUACAAUUUUGUUGACUUCUUGCUAAAAGAUUUAUUCCAAAAAAAACUAUUUUUUCAAUAGUUUAAAUUUUUGAAUAAUGUCAAAAACUAGAAAAAAAAUUAACUUUUUUUUGUGGUUUAUUCUCUAAUCGCUUGUUGAUUUUUAGAUACAGUUAAAAAGCUUGAAAUAAAUAACAGUACUGAAUAAAGCUUCAAAAUGUAAAAAAAAACUUCAUGAUCAUAUGUAUAUUUGCAUGUAUGCAGUGGAGGUAAAGUUGCCUUUUUUAUAAUUAUUUAUAUACGGGAUUUUCAUCCGCUUGGAUAAUUCAUCCCUAUUGCAAAAUCUAAACUUUUUUUUCCCGUCGUAUUUUAUGCAAGAAAAAAAGUUGGAACUUCUGCCCAAGCUAUCCUGUCAAAUGCACAGUCAUAUGUUUUAUUUACUAGGGAUUUUUUAAAUAAAUAAUUUGUUUGUCUACUAAAGAUGUUCCUCUGCACUCUGCUUCACACAGCAGAGUCACAAAUCAAUGGGUAGCUGUUUUUUUAGCAUAAAGAUGACAUGUUACGUUUAAAAAAAAUGCAAGUUGUCCUCAGUGGUUUCCAAACUUUUAUCACUGACCCCUCAAUGCGAUUUUUGAGAAAAAAAAUUUGUUAACAUAUUUUUCCCUGUAAAGGAAUAGAGAGAACUUAUUGUAUAUGUAGUUGAAAUCCGGUGAUUGGUAACCUUGCCAACCAGCGACAAUUAAAAAAAAAUCAUCUAACAACUCGGCAAUCGGCAACCCUUUCUUUUGUUUGGUUCCGACACUUGGAAGAUGUUUGAUAGAUGUCUGGUCAAAAUGAAUCGUUGUCAGUGAUGUCGCCGUUGCUGAUGUCGACGAAAACUCUGGGUUGGGGACAAUAUAAGAUUUAUUCCAGAUUAAAUUCAGCAACUUUCGGUUGCUUUUACAGAAAAUUCUUCGAGCACUCGUUAAACAACAUUCUUUUAUUUUAUUUUAGAUUCCAGUAAGAAUAUUUAAAGAAAAAAUUGUUAUGUCCGAUUAUUAUCGUCUUGACUUCAAAAUGACUUCUUUCGAAAUCCAAAUAAAACUAACUACAGUGAGCGAAACAAGAAUAAAACCACUAAGUGUUUUGCUUGUUAAAAAAAUAAAUGAUUGAUAUUCGUCAAUAUUUUCUUCCAAAAUUUGUUUUAAAUUGUCCAACGGAUAAAUCAAGCAUAAGUUUACUUUUUUUGGAUGAAGCAAUUGGCAUUGAGGACCAAAAAUAUCAACAAAUUGUGCGAAAUAAGAAUAGUACCGCUUAUUUUUUUUUUUCAAAAAUCAAUAAUAUUUCCAAAUUUUUUUUUGUGGAAAAAUUAAUAAUGUUUGAAAAUUCAACUGAAUUUAUAGGCGUUUUUCAGUAAUCCAAAAGAAGGGUUUUUAAGAAGGAAGCACGAAGGAAUUUGACAAUUGAGCUUUUAUCUCCAAUGCUCUCAAGGAAAAAAAUAGCUUGAAUCAGAGGAAAGAAUGCUUAAAACGAGAUUCUCUAACAAUUAGAUGUUGGUCACACGAUACACAGAGAAAUGGUAUAGCAUUGCCAGGCCCAUGCAGUUCUAUUCAACCAAUGUGGAGCAAAUCUCUCUGAUUUAAGCUUUUUUCCUCAGAUUUAAGCUUUUUCUCAGAUUUAAGCUUUCAUCUCCAAUGCUCUCAAGGUAAAAAAAGCUUAAAUCUGAGGAAAAAAAAUGCUUAUGAACGAGAUUCACUCACACUUAGCAAAUAGAUGUUGGUCACACGAUACAUAGAGAAAUCGUGUUGCAUUCAGAUCCCGGCAACAUUACACGAUUUGUCUAUGUAUCGUGUGACCAACAUCUUUUAAUAAUUUCUUGGUGAAUCUCGUUUUUAAGCUUUUUUUUCUUCAGAAUUAAGCUUUUUUUGCCUCGAGAGCAUAGGAGAUGAAAGCUCAAAUCUGAGAAAAAAGCUUAAAUCUGAGGAAAAAACUUAAAUCUGAGAGAUGUGCUUCACACGGAUUGUGUAACGUUGCCGGGAUCUGGCUGCAAUGCUAUAAAAUCCGUGUGAAGCACAUCUCUCAGAUUUAAGCUGUUUUUGUUAGAUUUAUGCUUUUUUCUCAGUUUUUUUCCUAUGCUCUCGAAGCAAAAAAAACUUAAAUCUGAGGGAAAAAAAGCUUAAAUCUGAAAAAAAGCUUAAAUCUGACAAAAAAAAGCUUAAAUCUGGCAAAAAAAAAGUUUAAAUCUGAGAGAUGCGCUCCACACAAACCCCUGCAAUGAUACAGUAUUUUUCUAUGUAUCGUGUGACCUACAUCUUUUUGCUAAGUGUUAGUGAAUCUCGUUUUUAAGCUUUUUUUCUUCAGAUUUAAGUUUUUUUGCCUUGAGAGUAUAGGAGACGAAAGCUUAAAUCUGAGAAAAGCGUGAGAGCGUGUUUUUAUCAGGCCCCUGCAACGUAGGCCCCUGCAACGCAGGCCCCUGCAACGAUACAGGAUUUGUCUAUGUAUCGUGUGACCAACAUCUUUUAAAUAUGUGCUCGUGAAUCUCGUUUUUAAGCUUUUUUUCCCUCAGAUUUAAGCUUUUUUUUUUGCCUUUUGAGCAUAGGAGAUGAAAUCUCAAAUCAGAGAAAAAAAGCUUAAAUCUAAGGAAAAAAGCUUAAAUCUGAGAGAUGUGCUCCACACGGAUUGUAUAACGUUGCCGCGAUCUGUAUAGCAUUGCCAGGUAGGCCCCUGCACAGAUCCCGGCAACGAUAUACAAUCCGUGGGGAGCACAUCUCUCAAACUUAAGCUUUUUUCCUCAGAUUUAAGCUUUUUUUCUCUGAUUUGAGCUUUCAUCUCCAAUGCUCUCAAUGCAAAAAAAGCUUAACUCUGAGGGAAAAAAGCUUAAAAACGAGAUUCACCAACACUUAGUUAAAAGAUGUUGGUCACACGAUACAUAGACAAAUCUUGUAUCGUUGUCGGGAUCUGAGAGCAAAGGCGUUACAAUUUAUGGGAGCUUUUCAUCAACAUGCCCUCUAGCCUAAAAUUUCAACACCUACCAGGCUUUCCUCUAUUGGCGCACGAAUGCCACCUUUCUUUCAUACUCUUUAAAAAAAAUUCGCCGAACAUGCCAUCUAAAAUUUCGAAUCAUAAAAUAUAUGGCGAUUAAAAUCUUACAGCAAACUCCCAAUUUUGACAAUAAUUAUGCCCAUAUUUUUUCCAGUGCAUAUCGUCAAGGAAACGCCCAAAUUGCUUCUUUUAAAAAUCGUAACGACAAAAAUUUUGAGAUUUUAGUGAUUUUAGUAAGCGUAUCACCAGUUAGUUCUAUUCCCAGCACCCGAGUAACCAUAGAAUUAAUGUAGGACAAAGAAAUACACAAUAUCUGUCAAUAUUAUUUCCUAUUUGUAAAUAUAUGUUUGUUUCAUUACGCAAAUCAAUGUUCAAACCAGGCAGACAUACACUCACACACAGAACAUGGUGAACAAAUACUCAAAACUAAUUCGUAAGUCAGAUAUCUACCUAUAUUAAAUGCGAAUGUUUAUCGAAAACUAUUCUUCCGGAUGAAUGUUUGCUGCUGCGAUGCAGAAAGUUUGUACAUUAUGCUGUAUAGAGCUGUAAAUUCGACUAUGAAACCGGACCAUAAAAGAGUCCAAUUUUAUCAUAAUUUGUGUGUAGCCGAUAGGCUGGUUUUAACUUUUUUGUUUACGUUUCUAAUAUAGCUAAUUUAACUUGUACCAUUACCAUGUGUAUCCUGAUUUACUGUAAUUAUAGAUGUUAUCCUUUGGUUAAGUACUGUACAGAAUAAAAGUUACGUUGUACUAUAGGGUAGUCGGAUAACGUGGAAGUUUCACAUCCAACAAAAUGGGGAUGUGCUUCACUUGAAUUAUCCAGGUAAUUUGUCAAAUGUGGUCACCCACAGAAGAAAUAAUCGCUUAUGAACAAGUUAUGGACACGUUGGAGUCGGUUGAAAAUUGAAGGAUGAUACACUUUGUAGAUUCGGGUUUUUUGACAAAACACACAAAUCGACGAGCUCGUUACAAUCAUCCAUUAUCAUUAAGUCAAUUCGAUUCAGGAACUUCAAACAAACAAAAAACAGCACCAGAGCAAAUAAAUGCUAGGAA